AUGUCUGAAUUAUAAGUAGUUACCAAGAAACCAGGUGAUGGUAAGACUUAUCCUAAAAAGGGAUAAACCGUCACAGUCCACUACGUCGGUACCUUCACUGAUGGUAGAAAGUUUGACUCUUCUAGAGACAGAAAGGAACCUUUCUAAUUCAACAUCGGAAGCGGUUAAGUUAUUAAAGGUUGGGAUGAAGGUGUCGCUAGAAUGUCCCUCGGUGAAGUUGCUGUUAUCACUUGUCCUUACUAAUACGCUUAUGGUGAAAAGGGUUAUCCUGGUGUCAUCCCUCCUAAGGCCACCUUAGUUUUCGAAGUUGAACUCCUCGGUAUGUAAUGA